AUGCGCCGGUCUAGGAUUCAGAUAAAACCAAAUGUUGCGAAGGCAGCUAAACAAUCGGCUCCGCUCGUCGCAACUCCAGCUCCAGUUGUCACUGAUGCAGUUGAAACCAUACCAGAAACUGUAGUGACUUCAGAAGUGCCGAUAGAAAUGGAAGACGUUGUGAUCAAUCAGAAUUCUUCUCCGGAAAAUCAAGAUGCACCUUCAGAAUCUAUGAAGUCCCUUCAUGUUGAUGUUGCAAAGAGUGAUCAAAAUCAUCAUGUUCACUUCACAGAUGACGUGAUUGACAAUGAACAGAUCAGAAGAGAACAAACCGGUGAAGUAAAAGGGAAUCAGAAUAACGUUUCGUUGUUAUCUCCGACUUCUCAGUUUGCUUCUCCUCAUCCACCAGCUCGUCUGACUCCACGUUCUCGUAAUGUUUCUAUGUGUGAAGAUGAGGCGAUUCUCCAACCAAAGCCACCACGCGAGAAGAAACGUUUCACUGGAAAAGAGGAACUGGAUACAAAAACAUGGAAAAUGUCUGAUUUGACCCGUUGGAACCCGAAGAACGAGAGAACAAACUUCAAACGAGAACGGCGCUCUUCAACCAGUUCUACGAUUAUAACCAAGUCAGAAAUCGGUGAUUUUGAUGCUCCAUCGCCACGUAUUAAUGCACCACAAGUGAAAAUUGGAGCUGAUGGAAGACUUGUUAUCGACGAGACAAGUUUGGUGGUUCAAUCUGCACAAAUAAAUCAUGAAUCAGUUUGGGAAACCGUCGAAGAAGGCAGGAUGGGCAGCAAUAUAACAUCAAUGUCAUUCAGAAACAGGAUUUCCCGAAAACCAAAUCUGUGGUCCGAAAGGGAGACUGAUCUCUUCUAUGAAGUACUACAAUGCACAGGGACAGAUUUUGGGUUGAUGCAUCACUAUCUUUCUACUAGGUCUCGUUCAGAAUUGAAAGCUAAAUAUAAUCGAGAGGAGAAACAAAAUUGGGGGAGAAUACUCAAAGCGACCAGUCAACCAGUACGUCUUGAUGGGCAACUUGAAGUUCGAAUUGCUAAACUUAUGGCUGAAAUCGAGGAAGAAGUUCAAGAGAAGAAGGCAAAGCAUGAGUAUGAAAAAUCAGAAGAGCGGAGAGUUAGAGAACAAAAUCGACUCCAAAAGGCAAAUGAACGGCAUGAGGAGAAAAUUAGGAGGAUGCAAGCUAAGGAACUGAUUAGACAGGCGAGAGAAUUGGAGAAAGAUGCUCGAAAUGCUCAGAAGUUGAGUCAGCAGCUGAAUGAGAAAGCAGAAAAAGAAGCAAGAGCAAGAGAACGAUCGGAGACAAGACAACUUGAAAAACAAGAAAGAAUGGAUGUGAAGAAGUUAGCACUGGAAGCUAAAAAAUGUGCAAUUGAAGCAAAGAAGAUCAUCAAGGAGAAAAGAAAGUCGGACACCAGUUCUAAUAAAGAACCUAAAAUACGGGCUGAAUCACAUAAUUUGGAGCGAGAAGCUGAACGAAUUAUUCGUCGGAUGAUUUUAGAAUCUCAACGGGAAGAAAGACGUGCUGCUCAAUUGGAAAGGAAUAAAUUAGGAAAUAAAAAAGAUUCGGAAGCAGGCCCCUCAUCUUCAACACCUGUAACUCCAGCUCUUUCAAAUGAUGUAGAUCCAAAUGCAUCUAAUGCUGACAUUGGAAUGACGACAUCGGAAGAAUCAUCAUCGACAGAAACAAGUAGUGAUGAAGACGCAGUUAACAAUAAAAUUGCAAGAAGAGAAAAAGAAAGAAUGAAGGAAGCUAAAAGAAAGUCAGAACCAAGAAAAACAACCAUCGAACAUAAGCCAAUUUAUGUGAAUACUAUGGAUGCAAAAUAUGCUCAACAACCUGUCAAACAAGCUGUCGAAAUGGCAUUAAAAGCAAAAGGAACAUUGUUUGAUAGUGCUGAUGAAGAUGAUGAAAUUCCCCCAGUAGAGCACAUGGAUACAUCCACAUCUGCUGCUCAGAACACUCCUACUGUUCAAGAUGAUUCUGCUCCAGGACCUGCACCACCUGUCAUGAAAGAUAUUGAAAAAGUAAAUGAAACUGAAAAAGAAGUAGAAGAAGAAGAACCAGUUCCUCAGGCAGUAACAGAUGUCGUUGAAGAAGUUAUUAGGGCUAGAAGCAAGACUCCAGUGGCUACGAAUUCAGAAGAAAGUCAAGAAGUCAAGAAAAAUGAAGAUAAAAAGAGGGAUUCUGAACGUAUGAAUUCUGAAGAGCCGCCGGCAAAAAUGGCAAGAGUUGAAGUCGAUUCGGAUGAUAUUGUUAUUGAUGUAGUUGGAGAAGUAGACGCUUCUGGAGACAAUAACGUUAUGGAAAUAGAUGAUGAAGUUAUUGACGUUGUUACUGUCGAUCCCGCCCCUGUAGUUCUUGAUGAAGAAUCCAGUAUUUCAACUUCUGAACCAUGUACUUCAACUGCUCCUAUCCCAUCUACCUCAUCAUUGUCUGCAUCAGAACCAGCUCCAAAACCUUCUAAAAAAUCAACUGCUUUGCCAAGAAGAACAGUCAAGAAACCUGUUACCUGGGCAAAGAAAAAAUGA